AUGUAUUUUUCUUUUGAAACAAUUCAAACCCUUGUGGUAGGAUUCAUAGUUAUCUACGUUAUUCUUUGGAUUAGGGAGCCAAGAUUGUGUAAAAAUGAACCUCCACUGGUUCCUUAUAAAAUUCCAAUAAUUGGCCAUACAAUUGAUUUUGUAUUUAAUGCCAAAACGUUUUUUUCUGAAUGCAGAAAACAGUACGGUGAUACUUUCAAUCUUCACGUAUUCGGUCAGGUGAUUACUGUGGCUGGAAACAAAGCUCUUCGUGAAGUUUUUAAAGCCGGCGAUUCCUUUGAUUUGCAUGAAGCUAACAAAGAUAUGUUACCUGUGCAUCAUCUUUUACCAAGGGUAAAUGGAUCUAGUAACAUACCACAUCUUUCCAAAAUGGUACGUGAAGAAAUUACUACAAAAUUAUCUUUAUAUACAGGAAGAAUGCAAGAACAACUUAUGAUUGCUAUUAACAAGGAAAUUGGAGAUUGUCCUACUAAUAUGGUAGUUGGAGAGGAAAUAGCAAAACAUGAAGAUAUCGUCAACGCUUUUGCCAAUAUAGCCACAGAAUUCGGAACAUUUUUUUCAUUACCUCCCUUUCUCUCAUUUAUUCAUCCAAAAGUCCAUCAACAAGUUUCUACCUUACCAAUUCGAUUUGGUUGGAAUCCUGUCAGAAAAGAUAUUAAUACUAUGAAGAAGUAUAUGAGACCUUUAGAUGUAAUUGAAUAUUAUUUGAAUGAACCUGGAUAUGGGACAACUGUUAUUACUGAUGAAUACUUAAAUUACAUCUGUGAAGUUUUAGUCGUACUUAUUUUUGGCAGCGUUCACUCUACUUCACGUCAAAUUGCUGGUGCUCUUUAUGAUUUUGCAGGAAGACCAGAACUAUGGGAUGAUCUUUAUGAAGAACAAGUAAAAAUUGAUAAGGAAUGUAAUGGAGUAUUAACACUUGAAUAUAUUGACAAAAUGGUGAAAUUAGAUAGCCUCGUAAGAGAAUCUAUAAGGUCUUUUGGUGAUAUCGCUGGCCUUAUACAUAAAUGCAUGGACGAUUCAUUUACAUUUAAAAAUAACACGACAAUUCCUAAAGGUCGUAUGGUCUAUAUUUAUAUAAAUGAUAGUCAUUAUGACAAACUAUAUGGAUCAGAACCAAAGUCAUUCCUUCCUUAUUACGGUUUGAACAAUAAAAAACUUGCUACAUCAGUUGAUAAAAAUUAUAUUGCAUUUGGUGCAGGAAAACAUGCUUGUCCUGGAAGAUUUCUUGCUGUUAAUGAAAUUAAAAUUUGUUUGCAUAAAUUAAUCUUGAAUUAUCAUCUUAAGACGGAAAGUGGAAAGAUAAAUGAAAAAAAAAAUAUUGGACCAUUUGCUGUACUACCGAGCACUGGAAUAAUUUUUGAGAAUAGAAGAAAAUAA